AUGGACGUAGUUAACCGAAUGGAUGAAAAUAGCAUUGCAUGGUAUAAGGACUACAUGGUGAUGGUGAGUGGGAAUAAAAAUGAGGGAAAACGUGAUAUAUUGGUUUCCUUGAAGUCGCAUGACAAUCUUAUAGGAGCUCAUGCAUUUUUGUCGGGAUUUGAAAUAUUCAAGUUGAGCAACUCUGAUAAUAGUCUUGCUAGUCCAAAUCCAUUGCCUCUAGCUCGGGAAUCACCAUCCCACGAUGUCGAAACUUUAUUCUUUCUUCUUUUUAAGAGAAAUACAAUUGUAACUGUUACAAUAUCUAAAAUUUAUUUAUUAUGUAUCGUCAUUCAUAAGUUGCUGGAAAUUCAAGAACCUAAUGCUGAUGAGGAGGGAAACAAGCCAAAGUCAUCGGUGAGGGUUGAACGUCUUUGUCGCGUUUUUUCACUAGAUAAGAUACAAUCAGCUACUAAAAACUUCAGUGACACACUUGUAAUUGGAAGGGGUGGAUUUGGUAAAGUCUACAAAGGCCGCAUUGAUAAAGAGCAAACCGCAGUUGCUGUAAAAAGGUUGAAUUCAAGCUCCAAGCAAGAGGCGCAGAGUUCUUGA